CCGGCCGAUCUCGUGCGUGUCAGUGCCGUCUCCAAAUCUUGGCGUCAAUUCGUUAUUAGACAUAGUUUCUGCAAGAAACUGUGCUUGAGAUUGUGUUCAGAGGUAUCAUAUUUUACAAGUAUCGCUGAAGAAAAGAGUACGAAGGAGAAUGUAAAAGUUGGUUCUAGCAGUGCUAUGGAAUGGGAGUAUCUGGAGAGAGAACACCGGGCAUAUUCCUAUCUUAGUCACUGCUUUAGUUUGUCUUUGGCCAUUGGUGAUUGCAUUGAUAAGCCGAUUUAUGCUUCCAGCACUGACAACAACCAAAAUGAGAGCAUUGAAAAUACACUAAUUGAGGUAGAACAACUGCGUGGGCAACCUUCUUACUGGUCGAGUAAAGGAGAAAAUGAUCCUGGAGUGCCAGAGACAUUAACUUAUAGAAUGGGCUCUAAGUUAUGCAUUAUCAACGAAAUAAAUGUAUGGCCAUUUAAAGCAUAUUUUCAGGAUGGUGGACCAAUAUAUUCAGCAAAAGCUGUUAGAUUUCGAAUGGGUUAUUCCAUACCCCCCUCAGAAAAAGGGGAAGAUCCAGAGAAAUUUAUUUGGACUCAUGUUUCACAGAAAUUUCCAAUGUUCCAGCCUCCUGCACCACCACCCUCCCCUCCCCCAACGACAGAUUCCAUAAUGGCAGGAGUAAGAGAGUAUGACAUCUCCAUCAGUGAUAGGGAUAAACUGGGCCAGUUGAUUUUGGAGAUGAGGGUCGAUGAGGGAGUCGAGGGCCCACUUGGAUCUGGGUUGGACAGAGAUCUGGACGGCAAUGGUGCGUUAGGACUCCCGCCAUCGCUCGUGGAGUUCUAAGAGUUUCUCCGGAGCUGCAAAAAUAAAGAACGUCCAAGAAUUGAGAUUUUAUUGAUUUGAGUGGAUUUUAUGUAAAGUUGGGGAAUUACAUGAUUUGGUGAAAUGAGGAACUACACUUUAUUUUUCUUAUGAGUUAGUUGUUAAGAUAAUGAGUUUGUUGUUAAGGUUAAGAGUUGGUUGUUAA